AUGGCUUCACUAAACCUCUCCAUAAAUGGCCCCUCGAUCAAGAGCAGCUACCAAGGCGUAGUCAAUGCGACACUGCCGUCGUCAAGCUCUUCAACUUUCGCCCACUGGGCUCUCUUCACUGUCCAGGCCCCUCUUAUGAAUGCCUUCCAGGACAGCGCGGCAAAGGAGAGCAUUCUCAAAGUGCAGGACACCGGAGAGGGCGAAAUCGACGAAUUGAUCGAAGACUUCAACGAAGGACGCAUCCAGUUUGCCUACCUCAAGGUCAAGGAUCCCAACACUGGCCUUCCAAAGAAUGUCCUGAUCGCAUGGUGCGGCGGCGGUGUCCCUGAGAGGACCAAGGGCUACUUCACUAGCCACCUGAACGCCGUCUCCAAGAUUCUGCAUGGCUAUCAUGUUCAGAUUACCGCACGAUCCGACACCGACCUCGAGCCCGCAAGCAUUAUGAAGAAGGUCGCUGACGCCUCUGGCGCCAAGUACACCGCUGGCGGAGCUGCGCCCAUGUCCUCUGCCCCACCCCCCGUUGCGAAGAAGCCGGUCUUCACUCCCACCACGUCGAGCAGCGCUGCCAGUCCCCUGAUCGCAGCGCGUAACAGGAGGUCAGAGAACGUCGACGAGGAUGGCUGGGGCGCCGACGCACCCCCGGUCACCCGCACGCAGAUCGAGAAGGUUGAGUCGGCUUACAAGCCCACCAAGGUCAACAUCGCAGAACUCACUGGCCAAAAACAAGAGCCUUCCAGAUUCAAUGACAGCCGUCAGGAUGACGGUUCCAGUGACGUUGUCAAGGGCGCUUACCAGCCGGUUGGAAAGGUCGACAUUGCAGCAAUCCGUGCGGCUGCUAAGGACCAGAAAGACGACCGACCGACUAUUGUCAAGGGCGCCUACGAACCUGUUGGAAAGGUUGACAUUGCGGCGAUUCGUGCCAAGGCCCAAAAGCCGGCUGCUGAGGAGCGGGAAGUUCCUCAGGCCUCCGAGCCCGCUGAGCAGCCCAAGAGUCUUGCCGAGCGAAGCGCCGCCUUCAGCCAGCCACAGUCGGAGCGUCUGACCAGUAUGCCGAAACCCAAAGUCGCAAAUAAGUUCGGAGGCGCAUCUUCCUUCACCGGCACCAAGGCCCCAACCCCUGGUGCUCUUGGAUUCGGCACCCCCGUCGCAUCAGCUGCUCCUCCCGUGGGAUCUGCCAGCCGCACCUUUGCGGACCAGGGCGGUAAGACUCCGGCACAGCUUUGGGCUGAGAAGAAGGCCAGGCAAGGAGGUGCGCCAAGUCCCUCCUCGGCAGGCCCAGCAGCGGAACCUGUCACGGCACAGAAGAGCGGCAGCGAGUGGAAGAGCGGAUACCAGGGCAAGAGCUGGGCACCGGUUCAAACCGCAGGUUACGGCCAGGGCCACGUUGUAGAGCAGAGGACCGGCGAGGAGCAACCCGCAUCCGCAGAAGAGCCUGCUUCUCCUUCUUCCGGCGGUGGAGUAUCCGCCCUGCGGGAUCGCUUCAAGGAUGCCCAGCCCAUGGGACAGGCGACGCGCGAAAUGCCUCGGGCUUACACCGGUGGCGAUGAUGAGGCUCCGCCGCCCCCACCCAUGGGUACCCGUCCUUCGGCACCCUCUGGCGGCUUCGCAUUGCCCGGCCUCCCAUCGCGUCCUGCUGCGGAGGAGGAAGAGGAGGAAGAGCCCGAGAUCCGGCAACGGGAAGAGUCCCCGCCCCGCAUUGCUGUACCGGUACCUCGCAUCCCCGAGCCCGAAAUCGAGCCCGCGGAGAUCGAGCCGCCCCGAGCCUUGCCUGUUCGCCAGAUUGCAAAGGAAAUUCCCCAGGAGGAGGAGCUCCCCGAGGAUCAAGAAGCCCACGGCCUUGCUCGUGGUGCGGCAACCGCUGUUGCUGAGGAGCACUUUGGCCACGACCAGGUCGCGGAAAGCCAUGUUGCGCCGGGAACUGGCGGUGGCAAGCGCGCUCUGGUUCAGUACGACUAUGAGAAGGCCGAGGACAACGAGAUUGAGCUCAGGGAAGGCGAGUACGUUACCAACAUCGACAUGGUGGACGAGGAUUGGUGGAUCGGCACCAACACGCAGGGCGAGAGCGGCCUGUUCCCGAGCAACUACGUCGAGCUUGUCGAUGACGAUGAAGCCGCUCCGGCACAGCCCCACGCGGCUGCUGCUGCUGCUGCUGUUCCCCCGCCUCCUGCUCCUGCUGCUGCGCCCGAGCCUGAGCUGGCCGCGGCCUCGGCUGGAGGUGGUGGCUCGACGGCCACGGCUCAAUUCGACUACGAGGCUGCUGAGGACAAUGAGUUGAGCUUCCCUGAGGGUGCCAAGAUUACCAACCUCGAGUUCCCUGACGAGGACUGGUGGUUCGGCCACUACAAUGGACAGUCUGGUCUGUUCCCUGCCAACUACGUUGAGCUGAAUCAUUAG